CGCCGCCACUCUCCCGGAAGUGCGCCUGCGGCGUGGAGGCGGGUCCGCGUACGCGGAGGCGGGACGGCACCACAACAGUUCCGGGUCUAGUGUCUCCCGCCCCGCGUCGGGCCGGAACGGAGCUCGGCGCCCGUGGGUUGGUCUCCGCUCUCAUUUUUCUAAUCUUGAAGACUUCAGACUGUACCUGGAUCUUACCACUUUUUUGGGAAAGUUCCCUACCCAGCAAUAAAUUACGUACUGUAUCCUUGUCAUAAUACAGAAAUUUUUGAAUUUUUCAGAUUGAAACAAGAUUUUUUUCUUCCAUUUUCCCAUGAGGCCCCAUCAUUGUUUAUUCACUUUAGUGGUGAGUGUUAUUGUUCCGGCUGCUUUUGUUUUGGACGAUGCUGACUUCAACCAAACAAUACCCCGGGCAACAAAUGAUAGUUCGCACAACGCAUCAUUUCCCCCAAGCUUUGAAUUCUCAGCAGGUUCUCACUUGGGUGAAGAUGUCAUCAUAGCCAAAGAAGGAACUAGCGUUUCAAUUGAGUGUCUUCUCACAAUCAGUGACUAUGAAGAUGUCCAUUGGUACAACUCGAAAGGACAGUACCUGGAUGGCAGCAGCAGAGGUGGAAAAUGGUUGAUUUCCGAUAACUUCUUAAAUAUUACCAACGUAGCUUUUGAAGACCGUGGACUCUAUACAUGUUUUGUCACAUCUCCAGUUCAUGCCACCUACUCUGUCACCCUACGAAUUGUCUUCACCUCGGGAGACAUGAGUGUCUACUACAUGAUUGUUUGCCUGAUUGCAUUUACAAUCACUCUCAUCUUGAAUGUCACACGGCUGUGCAUGAUGAGCAGCCAUCUUCGCAAGACAGAGAAGGCCAUCAACGACUUCUUCAGAACAGAAGGGGCUGAGAAACUUCAGAAGGCCUUUGAGAUUGCCAAACGCAUCCCCAUCAUCACCUCUGCCAAGACCCUAGAGCUCGCCAAAGUCACACAGUUUAAGACCAUGGAGUUUGCACGUUAUAUUGAAGAACUAGCAAGAAGCAUUCCUCUUCCACCCCUUAUUCUAAACUGCCGAGCCUUUGUUGAGGAAAUGUUUGAGGCUGUGCGAGUGGAUGACCCAGAUGACAUAGGGGAAAGAAUUAAAGAUAGACCUGCCUUGGAUGCUCAAGGAGGCAUCUAUGUCAUUAACCCAGAGAUGGGACGGAGUAAUUCACCAGGAGGAGAUUCGGAUGAUGGCUCUCUGAAUGAACAAGGCCAAGAGAUAGCAGUUCAGGUUUCUGUCCAUCUUCAGUCGGAAACUAAAAGUAUUGGUACAGAUUCUCAAGAGAGCAGUCAUUUCAUCCCGCCAGAUGAUACAGGGUCUGCCAAAUCUAACUCCAGCUACAAAGACGGAGUAUAUGAAAACUCACAGGUGUGAGUUAGCCCACUACCUACAGUGACAGCUGUCAGAAAGGGACCUACUUCUCAGAGGAAAUAAUAUUGUCACCAAAAGAUGGCGAGGGGUUUCCCCUUGUUGAUAUGCACAUUAGAACAUCAAUUGCCAAAGCCUCUGUUAAAAUGCAGAGUUUUUCCUGGCUGAUAUUCCAGUCUCUCCUUGGGCCUGAUGAGAUGAUAAAUGUUAACCAGUAAGGGAGCUUGAGAGAUAAAUACCAUGAGAGAAGUCCUAACACUCUCAUGGCUUCUUUUUCUGGUCAUAUUUUUUCUGUUGGUAGAUCUGACCCUUACCUUGAAGCUUCAAGUUUUCCCAUCAGUGCUCUGAAGAAUUUGCAUUACUUGAAAUCUGAAGUUUCUAGCCCUGUAACUUAUCAUUCAUCCCCUAAAUAAACCACCAUAAUCUUCAGCACAUCUCUAAGGAAGCCCUUCUUCUAGGUUUCCCAUUCCCUUUUUUUGACCUGGCUGAGACUUUAUUCUAGUAUCUAGAUUCCACAUCAGUGCAGCGAUGCACAUAUGUGGGGUAUUUUUAAGAUAUUCUUCCAUGUGUAGCUGACAGUUACAUGUGCUAAGUUGAAUCUUCAAUGUAGCAAUGACUAUCACAUCAAAAUCAGGGAGUAACUGCUCAUUAGCAAACUACUUUCCAUGAGUAAAUCGGUCCUUCUUGGUGUAUAUCUUGUCUUUUUAACUUACAGAGAAUUGUUUAGGUCAUUGAAGCUGGUAGUGAUUUCCAGUUUGAUCUCCCAGCAUGAGCAGUUUGUUGCUAAGGAAUAAUGUCUUUGAAGGUUUUAGAAUAAGAACAAGUCAAAUCGUUUGUCUCUAAUCAGUCACGGAUUUUGAUAUUUCUGUAAUGGAAUUCUCAGGCUUUCCUCUUUUUUAGAAGUAUUAGACUCUACUUGUGGGUUCUGUGUUGAGAUCCCAUUCUAGAAGAUAACCAAGAAUCAUUCUUCUUUGGACCUCUGUCAGUACUCUUGCCCUUUGUGGUCUGAAAUAUGGUGCUAAAAGUUGCAUGCCUCCUUGUUUUGUUUAUAUUUUAUUGUGGAGAUUUUAAUUUCUCUGCCUUUCAGAUACGUAACUCUGACCUAGGGCUGGUUUUAUGGCCUUUGAAAAGAAUGUGCCUGAAAUCAGGUAACUGUGUUCAGUGUGUUGCUGGAUUGAACACACAGACACACAAAUGAUCUAGACCUAAAGAGGGAGAAAAAUGAUGCUAAUGCCACCUAGUUCAGCAAUGUGUAAUAAACACUUAAGAUGGCAUUUCUUGUCUAAGAUCAGAUAUAAUGGAAUUAUGAAUACUCUUCAGAAUCGAUUCUUCAGCUGCAGGAAGGUUGGUGAAUUUGGCAGUGGAACUCGUUUCGGGUUCUGCAUUUCUUCAUUUGGCAUCUAUUUCGCAAAGUGAUAACUUCACCUCAAGUGUCCUGAGAGAAUGUGCAGAGAUUUUACCAGGAUUUAAAUUUAAGGUUUCAGCUAGAAGAAGAUAGGAAAGUCAAGAGUAUGACAGUAAAACUCAUGCCUGCCUUUGUCCAGGCUUAUGAGAAAUAGCACAUCUGCUCUGGAUCGCAAGAAUGAAGCAGUGUACAGUUUUAUUGGAUAAAGAUGAUAACGCUGCCUUUUUGUCUCUCCGGCUAUUUCCAUGGAAACCUCUAGAGCAAAACAAAAGCUACCAAUCAUUUAGGCAAAUC